AUGUUUCCAUCCUUCGCAGCCCUGGCGGUACUAGGCAUACAGGCCGCCGCGCAGCGCAGCCCCAUAAUUAGAUUGAGCAGCCCCACCUGGAGCCUGGGCUCCCAGCCCGCCGCGGCGCCCGCGGGCGACCGCGACGUGGCUGCGAUAUCAAACUACGAGCAGCGGCGCGUGGGCUCACGGGCAGCCGCGCAGCAUCAUAGAUUGAGCAGCCCCAUCCUGGGCUCCCAGUCCGCCGCGGCGCCCGCGGGCGACCGCGACGUGGCUGCGAUAUCAAACUACGAGCAGCGGCACUACGAGCAGCGGCGCGUGCUCUCGGGCUACGUCAUGACCGACAGCAACUUAAAAACGGCCGUCGCGGCGUGGUUCUCGGACGCGACGGCCGCAGCGGCGACGUACGGCCACAUCUCGACGUGGGAGACAUCGGGGGUGACGGACAUGUCAUGGUUGUUUUGCGUGCGUGCUGAUUGGAUGAUUGAGGACUGCGCGAAUGGCGACGGGUGCUAUGAUGACUGCGUCUUAUCGUCGACGUCGUCCUUCGACGAGGACAUCGGCCCAUGGGAUACCUCUGGCGUCACAAGGAUGGACUGGAUGUUCCACGGCGCCUCCGCCUUUAACCAGGACAUCGGCGCGUGGGAUACCUCCGGCGUCAAGACCAUGUACGGGAUGUUCAACGAGGCCUCGUCGUUUAACCGAGACAUCGGUGGUUGGGCGGUCCGCAGCGUCACGGAUAUGCACGAGAUGUUCCGCGGCGCCUCGGCCUUCGACCAGGACAUUGGUGGUUGGGCGGUCCACAGCGUCACGUCUAUGGGCGAAAUGUUCGGCUACGCCUCGUCGUUCAACCAGGACAUCGGCAACUGGCCCGUUUCCAACGUCAAGGACAUGGGCGGGAUGUUCGCCGAAGCCACGUCUUUUAACCAAGACAUCGGUGGUUGGGCGGUCCACAGCGUCAUGAGCAUGGAAGAGAUGUUCAUGGAAGCCCUGGCCUUUAACCAGGACCUCGGCUGGUGCGUUGACGACGACGUGGAUUUCGAAGAGGCUUUCGAAGAGGCGUUUACUGGCGCCGCGUGUGAGUCGACGUCGUGCGGUGUCGUGCAAAGCAGCAACUGCGUCCCCGCACCGACGCCGCGCCCCACGGGCUACGUCAUGACCGAUAGUCACAUUCGAACGGCAGUCGCGGCGUGGUUCUCGGACGCGACGGCCGCCGAGUCGACGUACGGCCACAUCUCGACGUGGGAGACAUCGGGGGUGACGGACAUGUCGUGGCUGUUUUGUGCGCGGCAGGAUUGGAUGGACGAGGAUGAUGAUGAACCCUGCCCCGAAUGUGAUUCCUGCGUGCUUCCGGCAUCUGCGAAUACCUUCAACGAGGACAUCGGCGCGUGGGAUACCUCCGGCGUCAAGACCAUGUACGGGAUGUUCUACGGUUCCUCGUCCUUCAACCAGGACAUCGGUGAUUGGGCGGUCGACAGUGUCACGCACAUGGGGGGCUUGUUCAACGGUGCCUUGGCCUUUAACCAGGACGUAGGCGCGUGGGAUACCUCUAGCGUCAAGAACAUGGCUGAUAUGUUCCAGGAGACCUCGUCCUUCAACGAAGACAUAGGCGCGUGGAAUACCGCGGGCGUUACGGACAUGAUAGGGAUGUUCGCUGCCGCCAUUGCCUUCGACCAAGACAUUAGUGGUUGGACGGUCGACAGCGUCACGGACAUGAGCUACAUGUUCCACAGCGCCACGUCCUUCGACCAGGACCUCGGCUGGUGCGUCGACGACGACGUUGAGUUUGCCGAUGGGGACGGCAGCCUCACCUUUCAAGACGCGUUUGCCGGCACCAAGUGCGCGUCGACAUCGUGCGGCGUGA